AUCAGGCACCUUGGACACUUCUCUGCGGGGUCCUGAGAACGUGCUCGGGGUGGAUCCUGUUGAAGCCACCACGUGGGUGUUGGUAACGAGGAAGGGGAGGAAGAAUCUCUUGCCACGGUAAUCAUGGGUGGCUUGGAGAAAAAGAAGUAUGAGCGAGGCUCUGCCACCAACUACAUCACAAGAAACAAAGCCCGGAAGAAAUUGCAGCUAAGCCUGGCAGAUUUCAGGCGACUGUGUAUCCUAAAAGGGAUUUACCCCCAUGAGCCCAAGCACAAGAAGAAAGUGAACAAAGGCUCCACAGCUGCCCGGACUUUUUAUCUUCUUAAAGACAUCAGAUUUCUCUUUCAUGAACCAAUUGUUAAUAAAUUCCGGGAAUAUAAGGUGUUCGUCCGUAAGUUGCGCAAGGCAUACGGCAAGAAGGAAUGGAACACUGUGGAACGACUCAGAGACAACAAGCCCAGCUAUAAGUUGGACCAGAUUGUCAAGGAGAGAUACCCCACUUUCAUUGAUGCUGUGCGGGACCUGGACGACGCCCUCUCCAUGUGCUUCCUCUUUUCGACUUUUCCUCGCACUGGCAAGUGUCACGUUCAGAUGAUCCAGCUUUGCCGCCGACUCACUGUGGAGUUCCUCAACUACAUCAUUGCUGCACGUGCUCUCCGCAAGGUGUUCCUGUCCAUCAAAGGCAUCUACUACCAGGCUGAAGUGAUGGGGCAGCUUGUCACCUGGAUAACACCUUAUGCCUUUGCCCACGAUCACCCAACAGAUGUGGAUUACAGGGUGAUGGCCACCUUCACCGAGUUCUAUGCCACUCUCCUCGGCUUUGUCAACUUUCGCCUGUACCAGUCUCUCAACCUGCACUACCCACCAAAGAUGGAAGGCCAAGCUGCAGUUGAGCUAAAGCCAGAGGAAGGGGAGCCAUACGCCUUGGACUCUGAAAGCUACAUGGAGAAACUCUCAGCUCUCAGUGGCAGUCUGGCCCGAGUGGUUGCUCCAAACCCAGAGGAUGAGACAGAAGUGGAUGAGUUCCCCGUGGAGGGUGAGAGCACAGAGCAAGAGGAGGCUCGGCAAAAGGAACAGGAGGCCCUGGAGAAGCAGAAGAACCUCUUUGAGGGGUUGCGUUUCUUUCUGAACAGGGAGGUGCCCCGGGAGCCGCUCGCUUUUGUGAUCCGGUGCUUUGGAGGCAAAGUAUCAUGGGACAAGUCUGUUUCCAUUGGUGCAACAUACAAUGUGGCAGACCCAGCCAUCACUCACCAAAUAGUUGACCGGCCUAACAUUGAGAAAAAGGUCAUUGGCAGGUAUUAUAUCCAGCCACAGUGGGUCUUUGACUCAGUCAAUGCCAGGCUGUGCCUUCCAGUGGCAGACUAUUUUGUUGGUGUGCUGCUUCCUCCACACCUCUCGCCAUUUGUUGCUGAAAAAGAUGGGGACUACAUACCUCCAGAGAAGAUGAAACUGCUCGCCCUGCAGAGAGGCGAGGACCCAGGAGAAGAAAGUGAGGAGGAGGAGGAGGAAGAUGAAGGUGCAGAUGCAACAGAAAGCUCUGAAGGGGAACAGGACUCUGAUAAAGAAGAUGAGGAACGACUGAAGAAGUUGGAAGGCGAGAGGUCUCAGAGCAAGAAUCUCCCAGUCAAAGUGACACCCGGCAAAGCCAUUAAAGAAGACAAGCAGCGGUUGGCGCAAGAGCAGCAGAGUGAAGAGAAACGCUUGGCCAUUAUGAUGAUGAAGAAACGUGAGAAAUACCUCUACCAGAAGAUCAUGUUUGGGAAGAAGCGAAAGAUCCGAGAGGCUAACAAGUUGGCAGAGAAACGCAAAGCUCAUGAUGCAGCAUCAAAAUUAGAGAAAAAGAAAAACAAGAAGGCAAGACGCGAGUAACUUAGGCCCUUCCUCUCAGCCAAGUCUUCAUCUGAUGCAGGCCUUAAACAUGGGUGCUGUGGGCCCAGAGAUGGCCCUCUCAUUUUGUGGAGGGAAACCUGGGAAUCCUCUGGUCUACUGAUCUCCCUUCAAUAUGAUUCUUCAAGGUGAAGGCUUGGUGUAACAUCUGCUUUAUUUAAACUUUGUCUGAACUCUCAUCAAUGUUUUUCAGCAUCCCCUUAGGCAAAGGCUGCUGCAAGUUAACCAAUCAAAGCAGAUGUGUUGCUCUUUCAGAAAAGUGGUGCCUUUCUCAUGCCAAUAGUAGCAUGGGGCAAUUGAGAGUGGAUGGGGCUUUUUCCCCCCCUGAAAGAAGGGAGAUAGACCCUCAUGCACUACUUUUGAGAAGGAUUCUCCUUCCUAAUGGUUUUUGCUACAGAAAAUCAGAAGAGGGCAUUCCUUAUUUUUCAGUGUCACUGUCUUACAGGGAGUAUGUGAGAAGAAUGUUGUGGUCAGCAAAUAGAAUACUUUGGAACUGUUCCUGUGUUUUGUAAAUAAACCCAUUUAAGACCAA